GGAUUCUGCUCCUGUGCUUUAGGCUACGGUUCGCUCUUUUUGUGCUACUCCAUUUGCGGUGGAGACACACCGACAAUGACACACUCAGGCAGAAGCUAUGGCAGACUUGAAAUGAUGAUUUGAAAAAAAAAAAAAAAAAAAGAAAAAAAAAAGGGAAAGCAAUGGCGGACUGUGCUCUACUGUGUGCUGUGACAGACACACACAUACACACACAUGCAAACACAUCCACCGGGAACACACACACCUGAGCACACACCUACGCACACACCCACGCGUCGGCACGCAUACAGUACAUGUGGGGGUGAAGCUCGAGAGGAUUUGUCGUCGGUAAGCUCUUUUACUUUCUGGAGGUUGGGUUGGGUUGGGUUGUGUGCAUCUUGAAGGGUGGACGCUGGUUGGGCUCUGCACCGUGAAGGUUGGAAGCUGAGGCUCGGGUUGUACAUCGCAUGGGAGGCUUUCAGACGGCUCCGCCACCAUGAAUGAAGCAUAUGUGCAAGACGCAGUGAGAGGCGAAGAAGGUAGAGAACGUGGAUUAUUCCGAUAAGAUUCGCUGAAGUAAAAGAGCAGCAGGAGAAGGCACUCACUUCAACCAACUCCAACAUCAUCAGCCAGGAAAGAGGAGGUUGCAGAUUUUGUAAAUUAGUAUAUAUAAGUAUAAAUUUGUGACGAUAUAUAUAUAUAUAUAUAUAUAUAUUAUAUAUAUAUUCAGCCUCCUGAUGAGACGGUGAAACUCCGACGAAUCAGUUUGGCACAGCCCCUCGUUUGUUGUCCUCUUCUCUCUCUCUGCCUACGGUUUUACCGGGCAGUUCUGUUUGUGACGAUAUAUACUGAAUUGACAAGAUGAUGGCGAAGGAAGACGUGGUGGAUCUGAGGGGCGCAGAGAGAGGUGUGUGGUUGAUGAAAGUUCCGGGCUUUGUCGCUGAUAUGUGGCGGAAAGUGCCUUCUGGCGACAACGAACUUGGUCGUGUCCGGUUCUCGUUCGAUCCGCUAGCGCCGAAGGAGCCGCCGGAGUUCAUGAUCAAUUUGGCAGGGUCGGAAGCGGCGGGUGUGCCCAAGGAGUACAGUCUGAAUUUCACCAGAGAUGCACUACACAUGCAUGUGUUCUCCGAGACGCCGCAAGGCAUGGUGUCGGUAGACGGGAGGGUGGAUCAGAAGUUUGACAUGAAGCCAGUCGGGGGGGAGGAGUACUGGAAGCUCUGCAGGGAGAGACAAGGCCGAUCGAUGACGAAACUGCGCCAGAUUCAAUGGACGGAGAAGCGGAACAUACUGCCAGUGCCCGUGCCGGACGUCACGAAGAGGGUAACAAGAGUGAAGGCGAGCACGACGGAAGGAAAACGAAUCAGGCAAGACCGGAAUGACCUGGAAGACGUGGUGUUCAAGCUGUUCGACGAGCAAAGUUAUUGGCCCUUGAAGCAGCUGGUACAGAAGACCCAGCAGCCGGUGGCCUUUUUGAAGGAAGUGUUGAAUGACCUCUGCAUCUACAACAAGAGGGGCCAACACCAAGGAACGUACGAGCUGAAACCGGAGUAUAAGAAGCAUCAGACAGCCGAAGAACAGGAGAAUGCAGCAGGGACGUCAUAACUGGGUUGAUAAGAAGAAAAAAAUAAAAAUGAAGCAAAGAAAAACAGCGUGUGACAUAUCGAAUGAAUGUGUUGGCAUCCA